AUGGCGGGCGGCAGCCAGGAAACGGCGGCGUCAGCUGACAGCUCCACCGGGAAACGGCCGGCGCAGGACGGGCAUCCCUCCUCCUCCUCCUCCCCCCACCGGCACCGCGGCAGUGGCGCUCCACCCCUCCGAACCCGGCCUCCUCUUCCCUCGCCUCCCCCGUGGGCAGCUCGUCCUGCGAGCCUGGGCCCCUGCGGCUGGGUCACACAUCCUGGCAAGAGUAGCCUGGAUUACUACAGGAAUGACAGCAUGGUGCUGUCCCUCUGUGAAAACCCAGUGAACAGCACAGACUUCAUGUGCGACAAGAGGCAGGUCAGGCAGUUUGCUCAAGCCUUCCUGCCUGUGUUUUUCUGGCUCAUCUUCACUGUGGGCACAGCGGGGAACACCUUGGUGGUGCUUGUCUAUUGCAAAUACCACUUCAGGAGGAGCAUGAUGGAUCGGUACCUGCUGCACCUGGCCAUUGCUGACCUGCUGCUCCUUUUCACAUUCCCCUUCUGGGCCAAGGCUGCUUCUGAUGGAUGGAUCUUUAAGGACUUCAUGUGCAAAGUUGUCAACAGCAUGUACAAGAUCAAUUUCUAUGGCUGCAGCUUGCUUCUAACCUGCAUCAGCUUUGACAGGUACAUAACUAUAGUCCAAGCAAUGAAAGCUAAAACUUGUAAGCGAAGGUGGCUCCUGCGCAGCAGGCUCAUGUGCCUGGCUGUCUGGCUGACAUCUGUGAGCCUGUGCAUCCCAGAAAUCAUUUACAGCCAGAGCACACAGGUGGGUGAUGUAACAGUUUGCAAAAUUAUGUACCCACCAAACGUCAGUGUGAUCUUCAGAGUUAUGAUCCUGGCCUUGAAAGUCAUCAUAGGAUUCUUCCUCCCCCUCUUUGUCAUGGUGAUUUGUUACUCCCUUAUCAUCAACACCCUCCUACAAGCCAAAAGAUCCCAAAAGCAGAAGUCACUGAAGAUCAUCACCAUGAUCAUCACUGCUUUCCUCCUCUCUCAGUUCCCAUACAAUAUUGUUUUGCUGGUCAAAGCCAUCAACACCUACACCGGGGUGGUGUACAGUUGUCAGGCUGCCAUCCAGCUGGACAUCGGGCUGCAGGUCACCCAGAGCAUCGCCUUCCUCCACAGCUGCCUCAACCCCUUCCUCUAUGUCUUUGCUGGUGAGCGGUUCAGGAUGGCGCUGGGCAGGAUGAUGCAAAGCUGUAGCUGCUGCUGGAGCAGGGGCCAGGAGCACUCCUCUGCAUGUGAUAGCCAGGAGAACAGCUCAAACUGGUCCUUUGCCAUGCUGGGGAGGCGGCGGGUUAGGAACUCCCUGAUCCUUAACACCAACUGGACCUGCUCUACUAUGUCCCCUCCUUGCAAAGUCAUCCUGUAA